AUGGACACCGAGACCGCAGGCAAUCGCUCUCUAAAGGUCACCUCGGAGUCUUGUCCUAACUUACUUGCGGGUGAAAGGUUUGUAUCCAUGGAUUAUGUUCUUGCACGGGCUAUACGUGCUUCCGUGGGUACACUGGAUCAGGAAGGGGACGACGGUGUGAAGAGGAGGGAGGACUCGCAGAACGGCUCUUGCUCGCGCUUCUCGGCUAUGAUGGUCGAUCAUAAGGGAGACUUGCCGUCCCGGGAGAUCCUGUGUGAAGGAUGCCGUACCCCGUUUAAAGAUCUUCAAGAGCGCGAUUAUGUCUCUCGCGCGUUCAGCGGGGUUUAUCUGAGCUACGAUAUUGACGCGAGCUUCAGACUCAAGCAUAUGCCGGUAGACUUUCAGGGAUGGAAGGAUGAGCAGGAGGUCGCGCGCAUGGCAGCGUACGGUGGCGAGAGGUCACUUGGGCAUACUUGCCUUGGGCCGGACAGACAUUCUUGCUCUAGACCUGAUUUGGGGGUAGGAGAGGAAACGGGCGACGAUAAUGGGUACGAGAGCGACGUUCCGCCGCUGAUCGUCUUCUCCGAUGACGAGUAG